UUACAAUUUCUACAAUCCGACCAUUGGAAAAUUAAUUCUUUCAAAAAUUUAAUUUCCUUAAUUUAUUCAAUCUAAUCAAUAGAAAUGCCGACUUACGAGCUAGCACUAAUGUUGAGAACUAUGGCUAGACCUGAACUGGUUAGCACCUUAAAGAGAACGACUGACUCGAUAUUUUCUCGAGGAGGAUUCCUCAGGAAGCUAGAUUUUCUAGGAGAUAAAACGCUUCCAUAUAGAAUUCAUAAAAAUUCACAAAAACAUUUUACUGGAUCCGCUUUUGUUGUGACAUUUGAUGUACCGCCCAAAUGUAUUUCUGACUUAAUGGAAGAAUAUUCGCGUGAUGUCGAUGUUCUAAAAAGACAAAUUUUCAAGAUAGAAGAGCCUUCAAAUGCGGAAUGUUUGCUCGGUGAUGAACUUCAACCUCCAGCUUAUAGAAAGGAGGUCAUUCAAAUGAUGAAAGUAGCUGCUAAGGGACAGAAAGAGAAAUAUCCUCAAAAUACUGGACUUAAAUAUUAUCCGUUCCAGAAGUAAAUUGAGUUUUCUGUAUUAAUUUUAGAUAAACUAGGAUAUUUUAAAAUAAAAAUGAUUGAAGCUGUAAAAAUGUUUUUGUUGGUGCUGGUUAUAGCGGGUUCUGUCCUAAAGUUAACCAUCAUAUAAAAUUUGAAAUUUAACGUUCACAUAAAAUUCGAAUUUUGACUCUCAACUAGUUUUGAAUUUUCAAAUUGAAAAUAACCG